UGUUUAUGUGUGUGUGUGUGUGCAUGUGUGAACAACAACAACACCAUGGUGGAUGUGCAUUCAGUGAGUUGUGCUCCACUCCCCUCCCAGCGGUGAAGAACCGGGCGUCAGGGAUGUUCUUCCUGAACGGGGAUAACAUUUACCCAGAAUCCCGUUCGGUCAUAGAGAAAGGCGUGGAGUGGGAGUACGGCAACGACAACGGCAAGGAGACGCUGCAGACCAACGGGCCCCUCACGCACGGAGUCCUCAUCAUGAUGCAGCUGCACGGGGACGAGGACGUGAACCUGUCCUACAAGUACAUGAUGAGCGUGGACCCAGUGAUCGAGGACAACAUGGUGGCGGAGGACGCCGCCUACGAGUGGGCCCCCAAGAGGUGGUCCUACUGCUCCAAACUCUGCGGUGGAGGUAAACAGUACCUGCGCUACGGCUGCCGAAGACGGGCGGACAGUAAGAUGGUUCACAAGACGUCCUGUAACAAGUCCAACAUGAAGCCCAGGGGAGACAUCCGGGACUGCAACCAGAAGCCCUGCCCCCCCCCCAUCUGGGUGACCGGGGAGUGGCAGAACUGCAGCAAGUCCUGCGGCAAGACGGGGCAGCAGAUGCGCUCGGUGAGCUGCGUGCAGCCGUCGGACAACAACACCACGCGCUCCAUCCACAGCAAGCACUGCAACGACGGCCGCCCGGAGGCCCGGCGCAGCUGCAACCGCCACCCCUGCCCCGCCCAGUGGAGGGUGGGGCCCUGGACCCAGUGUUCGGUGAUGUGUGGUAACGGGACCCAGCAACGCCAGGCCCUGUGCCACACCAGGGACAACACCAUCGGCCUGUGUCUGGACAGCAAGCCUGACACCAUCCGCGUCUGUCGAAUGGACCCCUGUCCCAAGGGUUCGUCCGACCUGAACAAGAACGGCAACAUCCUGAUCCAGUGGCUGUCCCGGCCCAACCCCCACUUCCCCCAGAAGACCAGCUUACGUCAGCGUUGCCAUGGAGACCGAACGGUGUUCUGUCGCAUGGAAGCGCUGAAGCGUCACUGCUCUCUGCCUAGCUACCAGCGCAUGUGCUGCAAGUCCUGCAGCAACGUCACCCUCCUCGUACCCUUCUCCACCACCAGCUCCACCCCCAACACCUCCGCUCCGCCCGCCGUCACCACCGACCAUCCCACCAGCAGUCCGGGCGUUGUGCUAAGCACCUCCACCACCUUGACCCCCACCAUCACCGCGACUUUGUCUCCCAUUCCAUCUUCACCCUCCAACUCUAGGGCCCCGACCCAAACCCCCCUGCCCUAUGCCUCGUCAACCACCUCCGUAGCACCUGUAACCUCUGCUGGCAUCAGCUCCACCAAAGGCACCACCAGCUUUCCCCCCAUUGCUAGCACCAUCCCCACCAUUCCUGACACCACCAUCCCCACCAUUCCUGGCACCACCAUGUCCACCAUUCCUGGCAACAUGCCCACUAUUCCUGGCACCACCAUCCCCACCAUUCCUGGCACCAGUAUUCCAACCAUUCCUGGCACCACCAUGUCCACCAUUCCUGGCACCACCAUGUCCACCAUUCCUGGCACCACCAUGUCCACUGUUCCUGGCACCAGCAUUCCCACCAUUCCUGGCACCAUCACGUCCUCUAUGGCCUCCUCCACCCUUAGCUUCAUGACGACUUCCCCGCUGAUCCUCACUGGGCGCGUCCCUACAGGUUCAGCUCCACCCGUGCCUCCACCAGAUGUGGAGGAAGGCCCUACACGCCUGACACCAAUGACCACUGCCCUGGCCGCUAGAGAGCUAGGGCCCCAAAGCCCUGCACAGAGCCAGGUGACGGUCCCACCACAUCCGAAGAAGAAGCCUAAGACGAAGAAGGACAAUAAAAAAGCCCUGUUGCCCAAGAAGUACGGUGUUCCCAAGAACAAGACCAAGAAGGUAGCUCCUGCCAAGAUUAAACCCAAAAAGAAUAUUUUGCCCAAACGUGUGAUAAAAGAAAUGGUCACACCGUUGACGACUCACAAACAAAAUACUUCAUCAAAAGUAAAGCCCAAAAAGAAAACGGUGCAAAAGACCAAACUUCCCAAAAUUGCUAAACCGAAGACUACACUGAAAUCCAAAACCAAAGUGGUCAACAAGAAAGAUGGGACCAAGAAGAUCUCCAAAGAGAAGAAAAAGCCUCCAAAACAGAAGAAUCCAAAGAGGAAAAUGUCUCCAAUGGGCUCAUACUACAGCACAACCACGAUGACCCCCACCAGCCCAGGGGGUUAUCGUUUCUCCACCAUCUCCUUCAGCGCAACCCUCUCCGCCAACCCUCCCAGCACGCCUCCGCCCCGGGCCACCACCAACGUCACCAUCGUUCCCAACAUCACAGACACGGCCAGCGAGCAUCCACUUUGGCACUUCGACCGCAGCCAUCCUGAGACCAGUACUCCCAGCAUGCUUCACUUUGACGAGGUCAUAACAGCAUCCACGGGAACCGUUUACUUUGACGACGUUGCGACGCCCAGCGGCACGAUGUCCGCGGCGUUCCCGGACUCCGGCGACGCCACGGUGUCGAGUGGGACCGUCCUCUACGACGACGACGUGGUCGCCAUGCAGAACCCCUACGGUGGCGUCGCCAUAGUGACCGGCGGCACAACGGUGCUGGAGGAUGGCCUCACGGGGUCCAUCUCCCCCGGUUACUAUGACGACGUCACCGCGGGUUUGACCACGCCCCCUUGGCCAGGCGAUCUUUCAGAGGAAUACAUCCCGGUCCGGGUUCCCCUUGUUCUCGUGACGGCCGUACCCCCGGAUGUUACCACCACCACCGUGGCUACCACAACAACAACAACAACAACAACAACAACAACGACAGCCACACAGAGGAGCGAGCAGAGGAAGGAGGAGAACAACUCGGUGGAGGACGUGGAGUACGACCGCGUCGUCGGCGCGGACAUCGGAGACGUCUCCCGGAACAACCAGAUAGGCCGGCGACGGGUCAACUUCCGGGAGCGGACCAAGAACAAACGCAUCCAAGAACUCCUGGAGGAGAAGCGGAACUUCCUGCUCCGGAGAAAGAGGGGGCAGGCGGCGCGGUGACUCGGCGCCUGCCGCCGCUUGGUUUUGGUUUCUCUUAUAGAGAAAAACCUCAGACUGGCUCUGAAGACUCUGUGGUUCAAACCUAGGGAAGCCACUAUCUGACCAGCCCCCCCCUCUCCCCCUCCCUCCCUCCCUCCCUCCCUCUGAUCAGCCCCCCCCCUC